CCCGCCACAAGAUACUCUCCAUGGAGAGUUUCUUUCACUCGUAUCUUCAAGGAACCCGGUAAUUAGCCCGAGGUAAUUUUUCUGACACUUGUUUUGAUUCUUACAUAUAAAAAAUAAAAUUAGGAAAGAUUCAAAGAGAAAACCGAAGGAGCACAUAGAGUGAUUAGGCUGGUAGCAAGCGCGACAUGGCACUGCAGUGCAGGUUAAGCUCACACCAUUGAUAUCACUAGCCAUAUUCUCCUUUCGCUAAUUCCCGCAAGCUACUACUCUUCUUCAACGCUCUCUCUGCAAAAGAUGCGCUCCAAGGACAGAAUCGCUUACUUCUACGACGGUGAUGUCGGUAGUGUUUACUUUGGGGCGAAGCAUCCGAUGAAGCCCCACCGGCUUUGCAUGACUCAUCAUCUUGUUCUCUCAUACGAUCUUCAUAAGAAGAUGGAGAUUUAUCGUCCACACAAGGCUUAUCCUGUUGAGCUUGCCCAGUUUCAUUCAGCUGAUUAUGUUGAGUUUUUGAACAGGAUUACACCUGACACUCAGCACUUGUUCUUGAAUGAACUGACAAAAUAUAAUCUUGGAGAAGACUGCCCUGUAUUUGACAACUUAUUUGAAUUUUGUCAGAUUUAUGCUGGUGGAACUAUAGAUGCUGCACGUCGAUUAAACAAUCAACUGUGUGAUAUUGCUAUCAACUGGGCCGGUGGACUACAUCAUGCCAAGAAAUGCGAGGCAUCUGGAUUUUGUUACAUCAAUGACUUGGUUUUAGGAAUCUUGGAGCUUCUUAAAUAUCAUGCUCGUGUUUUGUAUAUUGAUAUAGAUGUGCACCAUGGUGAUGGUGUAGAAGAAGCCUUCUACUUCACUGACAGGGUGAUGACUGUCAGUUUUCACAAGUAUGGAGAUUCGUUCUUCCCGGGUACUGGCGAUGCUAAGGAAAUAGGAGAAAGAGAAGGAAAGUUUUAUGCCAUAAAUGUCCCAUUGAAGGAUGGAAUAGAUGACAGUAGCUUCACUCGACUUUUCAAGACUAUUAUUUCCAAAGUAGUUGAAACAUAUCAACCUGGUGCAAUAGUUCUGCAGUGUGGAGCAGAUUCGCUUGCUGGAGAUCGCUUGGGUUGCUUCAAUCUCUCUAUUGAUGGUCAUGCUGAAUGUGUUAGCUUCGUAAAGAGAUUCAAUUUGCCAUUGCUGGUCACUGGAGGUGGGGGAUACACAAAAGAAAAUGUUGCUCGAUGUUGGACUGUUGAAACAGGAGUUCUUCUAGAUACAGAGCUUCCAAAUGAGAUUCCGCAAAAUGAUUAUAUUAAAUACUUUGCACCAGAAUUUUCUUUGAAGGUUCCAAAUGGGCCGAUAGAAAAUUUGAAUAGUAAAUCAUAUCUUAGCACCAUUAAAAUGCAAGUCUUGGAAAAUCUUCGUUGCAUCCAGCAUGCUCCAAGCGUACAGAUGCAGGAGGUCCCUCCUGACUUCUACAUUCCAGAAUUCGAUGAAGAUGAGCAGAACCCUGAUGAACGCAUUGAUCAGCACACUCAAGACAAGCACAUCCAGCGCGAUGAUGAAUAUUAUGAUGGUGACAAUGACAAUGAUCAAAUGAAUAUUUCAUGAAGUGCAGUUGCCGUUUGCCUUUUGGCGGGGGAUUGACCGUUUUAAGAGAGAAGGAAAAUGUUAAUUAGACAAACACCUAGAUGUAUCAACAAAGCGGUAGUACUAGCCCAAGAAACUUGUAUAUUUAUAAGAUUUUUAUUGUUUUCAGUUGCUAAUAUAUUUGCUCAAAGUUACAUUAUUAAUGAUGUUUCUUCCCUGUCAUUUUUUUGAAUGAAAAUGGACGGUGUUAGAGCAACUCUGACAACAAGAGCUUGCAUAACAUUCUUUUUACAA